CGUCAGGGCGAUCCGAGCUAGCUUUUAUACGUGUAAAGCUACGAAUACAUAUACUUUAAUAAUAGCUAAAUAUCACAAUGGCUGCAUCACCAAGAGCUUCGACGAGCUAUGGACCAAAGUCUGAACGAACUCCUCUGCUACGCCGAGAUACCGAUCGUCCCAAAAGCGCGCGCAACGUAACUUUUAAUCCGAACCCUGUAUCAAGAACCAUCGAUCCAGAUCCAGCUUCCUUGAGCUCGUCGCCUAGCACCAUAAACACUCUUGAGCAUGGACGCACGACAAGCUCCUUUGCCUCGGGGAGUAGCUCCGCCGCUCCGCCUCCUAUGCUCUCGGCGCUAAACAAUCGCCUACGUCGACGCAACAGCCACGGCUCCGUCUUCACUGCUCUCCCUCCGUCGAUCGGCCCUGUGCCGAAGAUUGGUCCUCAGCGAAGUUCCAAGACUGCGCAAAAACUGAAAUUGUUACCGAAUCCCGAGCUUGACGAAGAGGGGCCGGACGAGGAGAGCGGUAGAGAUGUCUAUUCGCAAUACACGCGUAUUAAAGAUCCUACCGCGAGGCGAGAUGCCGCACGCUUAGGUAAAGCAGACCGAGAUAGGUUACCACGGGUUACGGCCUACUGUACUGCAAAUAAAUAUCAAAUGGAUGGCUUGAUGCGGUUCCUAAAGGGCAGGGGCAAGAACCGGGGAACGAAUCCCAAAUUAAUCGACGAGUGCAUAUAUUCGCCUUAUAACUAUACGCUUGGAAAGUCGGCAGAACGAACUGAAGCGGCAGAAGAGAUACGUGAGAGGCCGGUUCAGAUGUAUGAAAGGAGGCAUUCAACAGGUGAAUUCGAAGAACACUCAGAUGAGUAUAGGAGGGAAAGCCUACACAACCUACAGGCGCAACAACAUGACGGGGCGUCAGAGGCUGAACAAACCUUCAGCAAUGGCCGAGAUAUACACAACAAUCUCACCUACCCGUCGCGACCAGAGGACGAAAGCGCGAUACAUGAUCCACAUUCUCAUUCGGAACAGCACUCGCAUGACGUUGAGUUCGACACCAAUGUACACACUCCGGAGGUAUUCCUGUUCGAUUACGGUGUCGUAGUCAUAUGGGGGAUGACGCUGGGACAAGAACAACGAUUUCUAAAAGACAUAGCAAAGUUCGAACUUGAGAAGCUAGACCCGGACGAUAUGGAAACGGAAUGCUUCAAUUUCUAUUAUACGAACGAGUAUCAGCCGCGGAUAUACAACGACUUCAUCACGUUACGAGAUAAGAGGAAUUAUAUGACGAAACUAGCUAUAUCACAUGCACUCGCCCAGAGCGUCAAGACCUCCCUUUUCGAAGAACUCAUCGCUUCGACUGUCGACACAUGCAAGGAUAUCCCGACGCAAAUAGCUCUAACGGGAAAAAUCGCCCUUUCACGCGCACAAAUCAAUAUGCAGAUCGGUGAGCUGUUCAUCCUCAGGAUCAACAUCCACCUCAACGGCAGUGUCCUCGAUACGCCCGAGCUCUUCUGGGUCGAGCCCCAUCUUGAGCCCGUCUACCAGGCCGUCCGGAGCUACCUCGAGAUGGACCAACGUGUCGGUCUUCUCACCGAACGACUUGAUGUCAUUGCAGAUUUGCUAGCCGUGCUGAAAGAUCAGCUCAGUCAUGGGCAUGGCGAGAAAUUGGAGUGGAUCGUUAUCGUGCUCAUCGCAGCGGAGAUCUUGGUCGCGGCAGUCAACAUCGUCGUCGACCUGUACGCGGGCGUAGAUUAGCGUCUCAUCAAUACCAGACUAGUUUGUUUUUUCAUAGAUGGGAAAAAAUGCAAUGGGCGGCGUUGGGGGUGCAUCGGAUUGGUUACAUAGCCUCAUACGUAGUGUAGCAUACAUAACAUACCUCAUACCUAAGUGAACUCCAUCUUCAUAGCAUCCAUACCUUCAAGUCGUUAGGUACGGCGGAUCUAUUAGCAAAAGGCUGUCAAUUCGGGAUAUAUAGUUUGUAUAUAUAGCAUCAAUGCCG